CAAGUCGGCCCAGCAUAUUAGGCAGAGAGGUACGAAACGGUGACGAUCGAAAGGUUUCAGUGGAAAUCUGAUUUCUAACUGCUGGUUCCUUUGCUACCUUUUUCGUUUACUUCUUUUUUCUCUCCCUGUGUUACUCGGAAUCUUUCAACCCCUGUUGAAGCCACCCAACAAUUUAGCCCCUCCUUCUUUUGGAGCUGUGGGAGGAGGAAUCGCCAAGCAUCGAGAUGGCUCAAGAAAACACUCCGACUAAAACAGAGACAAAGGAUCCUCUGGCUGACUUGAAGCCCGAUGUUUUCGAGAAUGCAAAUACCAUCACGAAAUGGCUGUUGAGUCAAGAUAAAGAUGCCCAGCCUCAGUUGGCUCAAGUUAUUUUCCAGAAAUUGCUUCAAGAAGCCUCUCAGUCGAGGCAAUAUCAUGGCAACGGCCAUGCUUGCGUCAAGCUUUGCAGCUUUGUUCAGCAGUGUGCCAAGUCGAGCGACGAGGCAUUGAGGCAAUGGGCUUUCACGGAAACUCUGUCGAAAAAGCUGUUCCACUUCUACUUGGAAUGGUAUGAGCACGACCCUCACCGGGCUCUGCGCCUAGUGCUGGAUGUUCUCGUGGCAUCAUCAGCAUCGAACCCUUGCCCCGAAACGGGAAGGGCUGUGAGGGAUCACAUACUUGAGACCCUCGUCUCCAUCGUUGCCCGGAAGUCUGCGCAGCAGUUGACAAAAUCAGGCUUGCAGUGCCUUGACCACUUCCUAAACAAACGAGUGGUGAAUCUCACAGACAUUGCCGCUCAGUACAAGCACGUUGAUCCGUCCGUGGCGGGCUUGCCCCCUCUCUCAUUGUGGAGAUCCUUCACCUUUCACCUCUUCUCUUGGAUGGAACUUACUUAUGCCUGCCCUCUGGCUGGAAAAUGUCUUGUUCACAUAUUCCGAGGCUUAAACGCAGCAGCACCGGAUAAAGCAGUUGCAGAGCCAGUUGGCUUCACUCUCGAGGUUUGGCGGCAGUGGCUUCAGGACGCCUUGGCCCAAAACUCCGAGGUCUUAGAAGACAUCAAGAAUUACGUGCUUGCCCAAAUGUUCAAAACAGAACGGGAUGCUUCUCUUAGGCUGCUCGAAAUAUUCAGCCAGAGUCAGCCUUUGGGUCUCAUUGACCGUGACCUGAGCGAUCAGGGGCUCCUGCUCCAGUUGGCCGCUCUCGAACUCGGGAAAAAACAUGGCAUGGUCGAGGAACCAAGCGGCAGCGACGACACCCCACAACCAACAGCAAAAAAGGUUGUCCUCCAAGGGGCCCUAUUGGACAAACUACUUGCACACCCUUCUGUGUCUGUCCGAUCCAGCGCCUUCUCACUGCUCGUCUCAUCCCAAGCAACGACCAAACCGUUCUCUGAAGCGGCUUUUAGCCUCUUGAAGAAACAUCUUGCAGCCUUCCACGCGGAUUAUGAUGCCAAGGUCCGUAACGAGGUACUUGGUCAUACCAAGAACCUCAUCAAGAGGGCCAAGAACAUUAUCACCGUUGCUCAAAGGAGCCUUUCUUCUCAUCAGUCUAUUGGGGAUGGGGUUCGCACCAACCCCAAGAAGUUCGGUCCCGAGGUUGCCCUCAAAAAUGCUUCCGAGGCAAAACAGGUACUUGAUGACCACGAAGCCUUCUUGAAGUGGUACAUGCGUUUCCUCAAAAACGAACUCCUGUCUACUACCUCAUACCAGCGGCACAUUACCGCCAUCAAAGCGGCACUCCUGCUUCUCAAAGUCGGGAAACAUGCGGGGGAUACUGAUGACAGCACCGAUGAGGACGUUGCGCAACUAAUCUCGUCCGACUUCACUUGGGUUCGCCUCUUACUUGAUCUUCUGCUUGACCCAUUCGACGACGUCAGGGACGGCGCGACCACACUUUUGAGCUUGCUUCCCCCCAGCGUAGCGGAAUCGAACUCAGCUGGCUCCAAAGAUCUACUCGCGGUGCUUAGAGAAUUUUGCGUGCGAGCUGGGAAACUAGCCGAUAGGACGGGGCGAGCAGACCACGGUGAUGGAGCUGCUCGCUCGCAGGGCCUUUUAUGCACUUGGCUUAGCAAACCAGACUCACAAAUUGCCCUCCUUUCGGAGAUCCUGGAGCGAGUCGAGUCUAAAAUAUCCAAGGCAGAGGACGACUUGGGUCACGCGGCUAUCGAAAGCCCAGUGCAUGCAGACUUUGCAGCAAUUAGCUACGUUUGGCAAGUUCUCGCGCAAGGGACGUUCCUGGAGAACCAGCUUGAUCUCAUUCAUCAUCAACAACGCCGCAUCUUCUUCUGCGCGCAGCAGAUAUGGUUUGUCGUCAAGCACGUCCUCUGUGACGACUCUCCAGAAGGCCAUUUACCAGAGGAACUAGAGGAUAUUGAGGGAUUAGACACCAAGGACCUGCUGAGCUAUAGCUUCCGAGCGGUUCAUGAGUCUAGCAACCUCUUGCGCCUCUUGGUGGGAACUCUCAGGCUGAAGAAUGUCCCUGGCGUGCCAUAUCCCCCGCUCGACGUGUUUAGAGAGACGGGUUACUUGACCUUUGAGCAACUCUCGAGUUUGCGCCACCGCGGCGCCUUCUCAACAGUGUCCUACACUUUCACAACAAGUUGUCAACUGACCCAACGCUUAAAGGACGUGUACUCGGACAUUGACGAGACAGAGGACUUGCUUCGCGAAUGGUACCGGGGGGCGAUCAGCUGCAUCAUGACACAAGCAUCAACGACCCGUCGGUCGGCUGGAAUCCCGUCUCUCAUCGCAGCGGUCCUCACAGCAAACGCAGCAUCGCCGUCCUUUGACGAGGUUUACGGAACCCUUGAAGAGAUUGGCAAGAAGGCUGUUUCGAUGGCCGAAACCGAUGGAUCCAACCUACCCCAAGUCCAUGCUCUCAAUUCGCUACGGGACAUAUUCAGGAGCUCACUCCUGAGCAAGAAGGCCGAAGGUUACUUGGCUCGAACGCUUCACCUCGCAGCAACCAGCCUGAAAUCCGAGGUCUGGGCCAUUCGAAACUGUGGUCUGCUUCUCCUGCGAAGCCUCAUCGACUGUCUGCUUGGAACCGGUGAAAGCAAAGCCUCCAUCGAAUCGGGCUGGGAUGGCCGCUCGGUCCGUAUUUCUUACAACAAAUAUCCGACACUGCCGGGCGUCAUCCUCGGGUUCUUGCGCUCCGCAGACGAAACACUCGAUCAGGCAUCGCAACCUGGGGCAGCCGAGGCAGUGUUCCCUGCCCUGGACAUCAUUCGACGUGCGGGCCCUCCCGAAGAGCUCCGCUCAGAGUUGCAAAAGCACAUCGAAGGGUACCUCGGUAGCCGUCUUUGGCAUGUCCGGGAGAUCGCGGCCAGAACACUGUGUUCUUUCCUGUUGCAACAAGAGUGGGCUCAAGAAAUUGGGCGGCUUCUCGAUGAAUCAGGAAGCAGUACCAACCGGGUACACGGGGCUCUUUUGACCGCGAGGUUUGUGGUUGAACGCAAAGCUGACUUGGGAGUGGAUCUUAAAUCAGCGUCAGAUUUGGCCUCGGUUGAGGCCCUUCUGGAGCAGCUUGCCCGGCGACAAGAGACUUUUAAGCGUUGCGAAGAGCUCCAAGCGGCCUACCUGGAGAUUCUAAACGUCCUCGCGGAUCUUGGCCUCCACGAACAGGUCGCAAAGAUUGUGCUUCCUCAGUUCGCCACCGCACAAACUGGCUCAUCAUCCGCUUUAUUGAAACUCCACACAUCGCUAAAGGUUGUCUAUGACGCAGCGGCAUCUGGCGACGUGGAAAGCCUCCGAGCGUCCUUUUUGAGGAUGCUUAGCAGCGACGUUAACACAGCGAGUAGGAUGCUAGAGACAAUCCCCGAAGCAUGGAGCCAAACGGACGACCUGGCUGUCCGUUCAAGCUUGCGAGACCUGUAUAUCGAAGCAUGCACAGCCUCCUCAGCCCCCGAAGUCCGAACCCAGGCAUUGGCCAACCUUGGCCCCCUGAUGGACGGCAUCCUUAGUCGAGGGCAAGUUUCAGAGCUGCCGACCACGGAGCGGCUCGAUGGACUCUGGCUCCAGCUGCAAAAGGGAGACAUCAACCCCGCCCUGUCAUGCGCCAUCAUCGAAACAAGUGGGACGAUCAUGGCAGCGCUCGUGUCUCACGGCGCGGGGAACGUCCCGAAUAUGGAGCAGCGAUUGGCGAGCUGGGGAGACAUGCUCAGCGAAUGCCUGGAUGUGGAUAAUCCUUUCGACACGCGAUACGCAGCAGCCUCCGCACUCAAGUCCUUCUUCAGCAGCGGCACCACCAAGCACCACGACUGGACGACCACCGCGCACCUGCCCGUCCUCUCAGCACUCUACGAUAGCCUGAUCGACGACGACGACGAGGUGCGCUCGACCGCCGCGCUUGCCGCGUCGUCCGGCAUCCUCGGCACGCCCGCCGUGGCCACAACGGCCGCGGACGAGCUGGUCGGCUGGCUGCGGGCGCAGCAGCAGCAGCAGCAGCAGCUCGGCGACCGCCCAGAAUUCAGGGCGCGCGCCGUCUGCAGGAUGGUUGGCCAGCCGCGCUGCGCGCGUGACGGCCCGCUGCUCCCCGGGGCCAUGACCCCCGCCGAGGACCAACUGCGCGGGGCGCUCGACUUUGACGACUCGCUGUUCGCCGCCGAGGACCAGAACCUCUUCAUCGACGAGGUCAGGGAGACGGCCCGGUGGCGAAGGGCCCUGCUGCGUGCUGGUGGCCGCCACGAGGGCGGUGGUGACGGUGAUGACACGCCGCUUGGCUGCCUGCGGGCGUGGGCCGCGGCCGGGCUCAGGUGCCUCAUUGGGCUGGCGGCGGGCAAGGAGGACGACGGCCCGCUCGGGUGGACGUCGGAUCAGCAUGUGUUUGCCGUGUGCGCCCGCAUCGUGCUGUGUGCUGUGGCGAUCGGCGAGAUUGGGGAGGACGCGGGACUGGCGGAGCUCCUGGGCGAGUUCAGGGACGUGGGAGCGAAGACGCGGCUCCACGGCUCGCUGUUGGAGAUGGCGACGUCGCCCUCGCAGGCUGAGGCUUAGAGAGAGAUACAGAUCAUACGUCGAGCCUUGCCCCCUGAAAUUAGUGUUGUUGGUUGUUGCCACUUGUCACCCGACCGACCCCUUUCCCCGGACAGUUGCGACGGUCUUCAGGUUGACAGGGCUGAUGUGAACCCCUGAUAUGUGGGAUAUGUCGGUUUUGCCUACCGAGUUGGACAUGUACAUGCGACUUCCUUCAUCCCUUUAAUACAGGCUUGGAACAGUUUUAGCGGGGCCACCAAUUGGAGGCUGUAGAUGCGCCA